CGCGAUAUCAACAUCCACUGUUCAGGGUCAAUCAUGCAUGAAAGAUGGGUACACUAACAGGCCUAGAUAUCAAGAUGAUUGACAGCAAUAUGAUGGGAGAUCAAGUUGUAGAGGAGGAAGUUAUCAAUGACGAAGAAGACGAAGAUGAAUCAUUUUUUCAAGAUAUUGAUUUGCUUCAAAAUCAUGGAAUUAAUGCUGCUGACAUCAAGAAGCUGAAAAGUUCAGGAAUUUGUACUAUUAAGGGAAUUCGGAUGACAACCAGAAAGCGUUUAUGUGACAUCAAAGGAAUUUCUGAAGCUAAAAUGGAGAAAAUAAAGGAAGCAGCCACUAAACUGGAUGAUCCAGGAUUUGAGACUGCCCUAUCAUUUAGCAUUCGUCGCAAGAAUGUAUUCAAAAUUACUACAGGCAGUACGGAGAUGGAUAAGCUUCUUGGUGGUGGAAUAGAGAGUAUGUCAAUAACUGAGGCUUUUGGAGAGUUCCGCACUGGUAAAACACAGAUCUCCCAUACACUCUGUGUCACCACUCAGCUACCAGGGGCUAAUGGUUACACUGGGGGUAAAGUCAUCUUCAUUGACACAGAGAACACCUUUCGUCCAGAUAGACUGCGAGACAUUGCAGAUCGUUACAACUUGGACCAUGGUGCAAUGCUUGACAAUGUCUUGUAUGCAAGAGCAUAUACAAGUAAGUAGACACAUGGAUGGCAUGAUGUUAGGUCAAAUACAAUCAGGAUUCCUCUGAACUCUUAUUUCUGUUUUAUUAUUGAUUCUAUCAUGGCACUGUUUCGUGUUGACUUCAGUGGUCGUGGUGAAUUAGCAGACAGGCAACAGAAACUGGCACAGUUACUAUCGAAAAUUCAAAAAAUAUCAGAAGAGUACAAUGUAGCGGUAUUCAUCACCAACCAGAUGACAUCUGACCCCGGAGCAACGAUGAGUUUCCAAGCUGAUCCAAAGAAACCAAUUGGAGGACAUAUUCUGGCACAUGCAUCAACAACUCGCCUCAGCUUAAGGAAAGGACGAGGAGAACUAAGAAUUGCCAAAAUUUAUGACAGCCCUGACAUGCCAGAAAAUGAGGCCACGUUUGCCAUAACUGCAGGUGGAAUAGCUGAUGCCAAAGACUAGAAAUACCCAACAACACAUGAGAAUGCUAAGGCCUUCUUGUAUCAAGUAAAUUACAACAUUUUGUAUUUCAUUUAAAAACCUAUGUCACACAGAGGCUUUUAAUAUAUUAUAUUAGUAAGGAUAGUUACAAUGAGGUUAAGAUUUGUAAAAUGCUUCUCACAAGCCAAAGAAAGUAUCAAAAUGUUUACUUUUGUUAUAAUUUUGUAAAUCGGCAAAAUGCAACUUUCUCCGCUGCUUGAGAAUUACACCUUGUCUUGCUACAGUACAUUGCGAACAUGCCAAUAGGUCAUUCAAUAGGUCAGACUAACCUGUCACAGAUACAACCCCAUGAAAGAUCCAACCCCCUCCCCACCUGACGUCAGGGGGUUAAGAGCCUAAACAACUGCUGAACCAACCAAAUGUUCAAUAACAAAGCUAAUAGUUGCCACACACUUUUAUUUAUUAGACAUACAAAAUAUUGUACAUAUAAAAUAUAUUGAUUUAAGUUAACAUAAGAUUUAUGCCAGCAUUUUAAUUAUGUUCACUUUAAAAUACAUACUAUUUAAUAUAUAAGUACAGAGCACACUAUAAUUUUUUAUCCUUCUUAUUUCAAGACACCCUAUUUCGAAAAUCCUCUUACUUCAAGAAACUCAAAUUCGAGACCACUUUUUUUAAAGAAAGAACCAUCUAACAAUCUUCAAUCUUUUAACACAAAUCUAACCCUUUAAGUGGGAAACAAACAUAAGACCAAUCCAAAUUUUCAGGUCAAACUGUAUCUGCAUUGUUGUAUGACUUAAGCCCAAGCACACAUUUCAUCAGCCAACUGUCUGCCAACGAAUCCAUCCGUGCCUAAUUUUCAUGGGGAAUCUGAGCGGACUGUCAUUGCCUGGUUUCCUGAAAAAUCGCUACACUGUCGCUACAGUGCUUUCAGUGCAAUCGUUGUAAUGCAUACUGUAGCAGUUCCUGAUGCAAUCGGGAAUGCUUCCCGAUUUGACCAACCGAUUAGCAUCACCGAAAGCAGUCAGCGAUAGUGUGUAGCGAUUGUAUGGAACUAAACUAUAGGCAUUGUGUGUGCUGGCUUUAAGAAUCACCACUUAAUAGUAAGAAACUAAUUAAUUUGCUUUUGGCAAUCCUUGGUCAUUUUACCUAAAUAUUUUAUGAAACUAGAAGUAAAUAUUCUUUAUCGACUCUUAUCUAGAAAAAUGUUUACAUUUUUAAAGUGAAACAAAGAGAAAUAUAUUUAAUCUUUAAGAUUGACAUUGUUUUCAUGUAUUCUUUUAGUCAGUUCAAGGAAUAGGUAUUUAUUCAAUGACCCAACUUUAUGAUUAUAUUUAAAUUAAGCAUUUCACAUUAUUAUUUUAUUACUUAAUAUUGUACAUGAUUGUGUAAUUUGAUUUUAACUAUGCAGUAACAUCUCAUUUUCUUUUUUGAUGCCUUAAGUCUCCUAAAUAUAUACACCAUGUCUUUGAUCUUCUUUUUUUUAAUUUAAUAUUUUUAAUUUGUAUUAUUUUUACUGUAUUCAUUUUACUAAUAUUUUUAUUAUUAUACCUGCAUCAUAGGGAAAGUUGUGCAAUUAAAAAUUAAGUGCAAUUCAAAUGUUAAAAAGUUACUCUAUUAAAGUUUAAAUUAUUAUUA